AUGGUCAUCAACAGAAUCGUCAACUUGCCGCUUUUGAGAGUUUUCUACAUCACCACUGUCUUCGAUGCCGUUCGGAGGAUUGCCUUUUUCUCUCUGCUCCUCUCCCCAUGCGCUUCCCCCCCUCCUCCUCCCAUUUACCGCCAACUCCCUUUCCCCCCCCAUGCCCGUAUUCCCCCCUGCCUCCUUUCUCCCGAUUCCCACAUCCCCCAUUCCCCCAUCUCACAUCUGCUCAGACUGGACUUGGACCUGGCAGUGGCCCUCGCCCGCCACAUGCCGCUGCAGCCUGCAGUGAACCUGGCAGUGGCCCUCGCCCGCCACAUGCGGCUGCAGACGCACGGCGUGCUCUGCAUGUCCAUGGGCUUCCUCAUGUUGCCGUUCCUCAUGCCUGCUCACGUGUGGCGCGGGCCCAUGGUGAUGGCGGCGGUGGAGAAGCUUGUAAGGGGGACGGACGGAGUGGGGGACGUGCUGGUGGUGGACGUGCCGCUUGGCACGGGCGACAUGCAGCUCAGGUUGAGCCAGCAGGCUCGGCUUUCAGAUCACCCCAGGGGGCGUGGUGUGCCACGGAUGCCAGCAGUGAAGGACUUCACAGCUACCAGGCUGAGCUGGCCUGCGUGA